UCCCUGUUACCAGCCUGUGAGCUGACAUGCUAAAGGUAACAACAUCACUUGUUGUGGAGCGAUUUUACACAUAUUUUGGUUGAAUACUUAACUUUAUAUCUCACAAAACAUCAAAUGAGCUCCAGUGUGAAGUCCCCAUGAGGUGAUGCUGCAUGUGUUGCGCUGUCCUCUGCAGAGGACUCUCAUCUCUCUUCAAUGGAGGUGUCUACGCUCCCUCUACUCCACCAAGCCUCGCUCUUCCCAGGGCGAGGAAUCCACAGAGACCCGCUUGAACCCCCUUAACAUCCAGAUGCUGUCGAGGAACCUCCACGAGCAGAUCUUCCGAGGGCUGGAGCCGGACUACAAAGAGGAGGAUGUGGAGCGCAGCAUCAGGCACCUGCAGAAACACCAGCUGUGGGGGAAGGAAACUUCAUUGAUGCCCGAGGUGGAGAUGAAGCUUCCCCGAAUGUAUGGCAAAAAUAUCGAUGAGCACUUUCGUGUCUUGGCCCAGAAGCAGAGUAUACCCUACCUUGAGGCUGCCAGCAAGCUGCAGCUGGCUGAGCUCCCUCCCAUGCCACGGGAAUGGAGCUGGGAGGUUGGUUGGACACGCUAUGGGCCCAAUGGGGAGAGUCAGAAAGUUGAUUUCCCAGAGGAGUCGGCACUGGUGUUUGAUGUGGAGGUGUGCGUCACAGAGGGACAGUGUCCAACACUGGCUGUUGCUGUGUCUCCCACUAACUGGUACUCCUGGUGCAGUAAGCGUCUGAUAGAAGAGCGGUACUCCUGGUCAAACCAGUUGACCCUAGCUGACCUCAUCCCCUUGGAGACACCCAUCAACUCUGCCCGCCCCCCAAGGGGUCAGUGGAAGGAGAGGCUCAUCGUCGGCCAUAAUGUCAGUUUUGACCGAUCUUUCAUUAAGGAGCAAUACUUACUAAAGGGUUCUAAGGUACGCUUCAUGGACACCAUGAGCCUUCACAUGGCCAUCUCUGGGCUGACCGGCUUCCAGCGCACACUGUGGAUGGCCAAUAAGCUGGGUAAAAGGAGGGGUCUGCAGGAGGUCAAGGAACACAUUAAAAAAGCUGGACAGAAAAGGGAGGGUCCAAUGAUUGGCUCCUGGGACUGGGUUAAUAUUAGCAGCAUUAAUAACCUGGCUGAUGUCCAUGCUCUGUACGUGGGAGGACCGCCACUGAAGAAAGAGGCCAGAGAGACGUUUGUGAAGGGCAGCAUGAUGGAUGUCAGGAACAACUUCCAGGAGUUAAUGCAGUACUGCGCCAUGGAUGUCGAGGCCACACAUCAAGUGUUCACAGAACAGCUUCCCCUCUUCAUGGAGAGGUGCCCUCAUCCAGUGACGUUUGCAGGAAUGCUGGAGAUGGGUGUUAGCUACCUUCCUGUCAAUCACAACUGGGGGCGUUACCUGGAAGAUUCUCAGGACACUUACGAAGAGCUCCAGAGGGAGAUGAAGAAGUCUCUGAUGGCUCUAGCGGACGAUGCCUGUCAGCUGCUGCAGGAUGACAGGUACAAAGAAGACCCCUGGCUUUGGGAUCUUGAAUGGGAUGUACAGGAGUUUAAGCUGUUGAAAGUAGCAGCCAGCAAGAAGAAAAAAGCAGCCGAAACAAAAGUUGCUACUCCUCUUCCAGACUGGGAAGAAGACCCAGGUCCACCCUCUGAAGAGGAGAUGGCAGGCCCUUGCCCCGGCAGGCUGGCUGUGGAGAAGCUGAAGGAAACGGUGACUCGACUUCCUAAGAGAAGGCAGCAUCUGCCUGGACAUCCGGGGUGGUAUCGUAAGCUGUGUGAGAAGAUGUCUGCGGAGGACAGCUGGUCACCUGGAGCCAACCUCAUCAGUCUACAGAUGAGAGUGACUCCUAAGCUGAUGGGUCUGACGUGGGACGGUUUUCCCCUGCAUUACACAAAGAAAUAUGGGUGGGGCUACCUGGUACCUGGACGCAGGGAUAACCUGGAGUCUGAGGAGGAAAGUGCAGGGCCUGUUUGCCCACACAGAGCUAUUGAGAGUGUUUACAGAGAGCAUUGUGAGCAGAACAGCAAAGUGCAACCUGAAUAUCUGGACAGCAACCCUUCAGAUGACCUCAUGUGGACAGACAGCGCAGUGUGGGCAAAGGUGGAGGAGUUUGGUUCCCUGGAGAGUCUGACGGAGGAAAAUGGAGUCAGAAUGACGAAAAAUGGGGAGAGGAAGAAAAACGGGCAGUCUCAAGAUCCACAUCAUGUCCCAGAGGAGAGUCAGUGCCAUUAUCACCAUGGAAACGGCCCCUACAACGACGUAGAUAUCCCAGGGUGCUGGUUUUUCAAAUUACCUCAUAAGGAUGGGAAUCACAACAAUGUUGGCAGUCCUUUUUCAAAAGACUUCCUGUCCAAGAUGGAGGAUGGUACUCUCAGGGCUGGACAUGGUGGAACCAACGCCACACGAGCUCUGGAGAUCAACAAAAUGAUGUCCUUCUGGAGGAACGCCCAUAAACGUAUAAGCUCUCAGAAGGUGCUGUGGCUGCGAAAGGGAGAGCUUCCUCAUACUGUCAGCAGACACAAAGAGUUUGAUGAAGAGGGCCAGUACGGUGCCAUAUUACCUCAGGUCGUCACCGCUGGAACGGUAACACGCAGGGCUGUGGAGCCAACGUGGCUGACUGCCAGUAAUGCACGGCGGGAUCGGGUAGGCAGUGAGCUGAAGGCCAUGGUGCAGGUACCACCUGGAUAUCACCUGGUGGGAGCAGAUGUAGACUCUCAAGAGUUGUGGAUUGCUGCUGUGCUCGGAGAGGCUCAAUUUGCUGGCAUGCACGGUUGCACAGCGUUUGGCUGGAUGACUCUUCAGGGAAAGAAGAGUCAGGGCACCGACCUGCACAGCCGCACCGCUGAUACUGUGGGCAUCAGCCGAGAGCACGCCAAGGUGUUCAACUACGGACGCAUUUAUGGUGCAGGACAGCCCUUCGCUGAGAGGCUGCUGCUGCAGUUCAACCACCGCCUGGGUCAGACGGAAGCUGCCAGUAAGGCCAGGCAGAUGUACGCCUUGACAAAGGGCACACGCAGAUACCAGUUGUCAGAGGAGGGUGAGUGGAUUGUCAACGAGCUGGGUAUAGAGGUGGCGAACGAAGAAGAUGGAAGUGUCACCCUGCAGGAGUUGCGGAGGAUCUCUCGCCUGGCCUCACAGAGCUAUCGGCGGAGGAAGUGGGAUAUAGUUGGCAAACGUCUGUGGGCUGGAGGUACAGAGUCGGACAUGUUCAACAAGCUGGAGAGUAUUGCUCAUUCUGCCCAGCCAGCCACUCCUGUUCUGGGCUGCAGGAUUAGCAGAGCGCUGGAGCCCAGUGCAGUUAAGAAUGAGUUUAUCACGAGCAGAGUGAACUGGGCGGUCCAGAGCUCUGCAGUGGACUAUCUACAUCUGAUGCUGGUGGCCAUGAAGUGGCUGUUUGAGGAGCACAACAUCGAUGGCCGUUUCUGCAUCAGCAUCCAUGACGAGGUGCGGUACCUCGUCCGCAGCGAAGACCGUUACCGAGCAGCGCUGGCACUUCAGAUCACAAACCUGCUCACGAGGAGUGUGUUCGCCCACGCGUUAGGCAUGCAGGACCUUCCUCAGUCAGUCGCUUUCUUCAGUGCAGUUGACAUCGACCAGUGUCUGAGGAAGGAGGUCACCAUGGACUGCGUAACCCCCUCCAACCCUACAGGUCUGGAAAGAAGAUACGGCCUUCCACCUGGUGAGGCCUUGGACAUGUACCAAAUCAUCGACAUCACUAAAGGCUCUCUGAACAAAGGAAGAUAGCACUUUGUGUUAUUCAGAACAGCAGUUCAAACACACAACUGCCAGGAGGCUGUUCAGCAGCUGGCCAAGAUCAGCGAGGAAUCUGGAGAUGUGCGUGUGUCAAACAAAGGAGCAGCGUCUUGGCUCACUGUUUUCUCUUCUUCUGUUUGGGUUCUUGCGUCUCCUCUGCAUCCUGUGACUCUCUGGUCUGAAAAAAAAAAAGGAAUGAAAGAAGAAACAGACACUGAGAUCUCAGCCAGGAAUUAAAUGUUCAAUGCAGAACAGACGGAUUCAAAACAUCACACGUGGGAGGACAUUUGAACAAUCAACUCAAUCUGCAUAAUAAAGGAGGUGGAAGAAACACAAUUGCAAUGUGAAUGUGUAAGGAAAGACAGAGCGGAUCGUUGAGAUUGCACUUACCUCCUGACUGUCGUCCUGCUCCUGCAGGGCUGCGUCCAGAGUAGCAGCGUUGAUGCGGAAAUCUCUUGAGGUGCUCAGCUUCAUGUACUGCAUCAGAUUCACCUGGACAGACAAACACACAUGCAGGUGUUGGUGAAACACUGUGUACGAGCGGCCUAACUGAUAACGCAGCACGAACAGUGUUCAGAGAGCUUUCUGCGUUUUGCUCAACGAGUCUGAUUAUGUAUUUUUGACAAUCACAUUUUGUCAAACUACCUCAAGCAAUCCAAUUUCCACACACCUUUGAUUUCUUUGACAGAGCGAUGAGGUAUUUCUCAUACUGCUCAAUACUGAAGAUCACGUUAGGGAUGGCUGUUGUCUCACGCAGAAGCUUUGCCUGCCAAGAGAAGAA